GCAGAAAUUUAUUGUUUACUGAAUUGAAAAUCGUGUAUUAUGCCGAAAGCAGUUGUUCUGAUUUCAAUUUCUUGGCCAACCCAACUCAAUCAUUUCCCUUUUAGGUGCAUAACUUCAAUCAUUCCGGGCCCGACUGAAUAGCCAUGGUUGCUGCUCUCUAUAGAAAUCAUCGGGGACGCGGCGGCGGGUAGCAAAAAGCCAAUCUCCUAUAUGCGUACUGGCUUACGUCAUGGGGGAGUUUAGAUUAUUUGCAACACAGAAAGAGAAACAUUUACUGCUGACGGUUGUGGGAAUCAAAGAAGAAGAAGAAUAAGAGUUUGAAUACAAUUUUCUCUUUCUGCCGCGCCAGCAGAGCUCGCAUUAAAUACUCAUUUUUCCGGUGUGUUGAAUAGUGGAAUUCGAUAUUGCAAGAUUGGAAGAGAGCGAUAUCGAUAUGGGUUGGAGAGGAAUACUGGGAUUUGAGUAUGGGAUAGUUCAGGCGCCGUUGGGUCCUGAUAUUUCGGGCCCGGAGCUGGUUGCUGCUGUUGCCAACGCUGGUGGGCUUGGUCUUCUUAGAGCCCCUGAUUGGGAGGCACCAGAUUAUCUGAAACAACUUAUAAGGAAGACCAGAGCUUUGACUGAUAAACCAUUCGGGGUGGCUGUUGUUCUUGCGUUUCCUCAUGAGGAGAACAUAAGGGCCAUACUGGAAGAGAAGGUUGCAGUUUUGCAGGUUUACUGGGGUGAAUGUUCACAAGAUCUUGUACUUCAGGCUCAUCAAGCUGGGGUCAAGAUUGUACCUCAAGUUGGGAGCUUUGAAGAGGCAAAGAAAGCUGUUCGUGUGGGUGUAGAUGCAAUAAUUGUUCAAGGACUGGAAGCGGGAGGGCAUGUCAUUGGUCAGGAUGGCUUAAUCACUUUGUUGCCAAGAGUAGUUGAUCUCGUCCGUGGUCAUAAAAUUCCUGUAAUUGCUGCUGGCGGGAUAGUCGAUGAGCGCGGUUACGUAGCUGCUCUGGCCCUUGGAGCACAGGGUGUUGCACUAGGCACCAGAUUCCUUGCAACAGCGGAGAGCUAUGCUCACCCUCUCUACAAGAGGAAGUUGGUUGAACUACAUAAAACUGAGUACACAGAUGUUUUUGGCCGGGCAAGGUGGCCCGGCGCACCUCAUCGUGUCCUAAAAACUCCAUUUUUCAUGGACUGGAGAAACCUUCCGAGUCAUGAGAAUGAGACCAAUCAGCCCAUCAUUGGCCGUUCACUCAUACAUGGAGUGGAAAAAGAGAUUCGUCGUUUUGCUGGCACUGUUCCGAAUGCAACAACAACAGGUGAUAUUGAAAGUAUGGUUAUGUAUGCGGGACAAGGUGUCGGCCUCAUCAGGGAAAUUUUACCGGCAAGUGCAGUUAUAAAAAGACUGGUUAAAGGGGCUCAAGAUUUGAUCCAAGAAGAGUUUUCUUCUGAGAAAACCUCUGAAGAGCAGAUUUAGGCACAAAGUCAAGUUCAACUUACAUCCAUUAAUGCUGAGAAAAUGUAGCAAUGUUUGGAUUAAUGUUUUCACAUUUUUCGAAACAAGAUAAAAAACAUUCAAUGUUUA